AUUUUCCAUCGAGAUUGCUUUUCAUCUUUUUCUAGGGUUUCUUCUCAAUUUAAUCGUUGUCAAUUCUAUGCCUUUCUGUUUUAUGUUGAUUUGUAUACUGUGAGUCAAAUUUUGUUUGUUUUGAGUUAUAAUUGAGGAAUGAUGUGAUUUAUAUAGAUUGUAAUUUGAGCGAGGAAUUUCGUUGAUUUACUAUGCGUAAGGUAGAGGUAUGAAUUGUGCUUGAGAUAAGUAGAAUAAGUAGCUGAAAAAAUUGGCUAAAUUGUGGAUUUUGAGGAAGAUUAUAGGCCGAGAUGAGAUAAAGCAAUGUUUGGAAGGAGGAGAUUGUUGGAGUGAGAGAAUGAUAGUAAUAUAAACAUGGCUACAAUCUCGAAAUGGAUUCAAAUUCAUAUUAUUAAGACUUGUUGAAGCUGAAUUUGGGAGUGGAGGAUCAAGAGUACUUUUUUUUAACUGAAAAAAGUAUUUUGGUGAUGGAUAGCUAUUGUUGAAUAAGCAAAAGGAUCGUAUGAAUUGUUGAAAGAGGUGGUUUUAUUUAAUUAUUUCGCCUACGCGUGAUUGUAGCUCCAGUAUUGCCACAUAACAUGGAAUUGCUUGGUUGCAUAACAUGAUAACAAUAUAUUCUUCAAAGUUCAUGUUUGGGUGAUAAGUAGAUGCAAUGCUAGGAACCAAUUUCAAAGAGUUUUGGUUAAUAUGAUUUUUGUACAACACAUAUAGCAAGUGUUGUAUACUACCACACCUUGUCAUAAAAAAAGGUUUCAUUUUCGCUUUUGCCAAGAACUCUCACAAGUUCCGAACAUGCAAAAAAAUAUUUGGGAUGGAAGGAAUAGUAGGUAUUAAUAAGCUUGGUCUAUGAAAAGUACUCUAGAUGUGGGGUACUUGGUUGCAUGGGUUCAUUGCUACUCCAGAUGUGGGGUACUUGGCUGGAUGGGUUUAUUGCUUGAGUAAAGGACCUCAUAUAUCAAGUCUUUUGGUUAUAGGUAGUUCUAGUGAUAGAAUAUACUAUUGUGGUGCGGAAUCUAAUCAAUUGCUAAGUAGUAGAUGUGGUUUAUAUCUUUGUAUGUUAAGAAAUAAAUAAUGCAGAAACCUUUUAAUGUGCAUCUAAACCAAAAUUUCCCCGCUGCUACCCAAGGGUUGUUAGGUGAAUCCUCAAAAACAUUAUGGGUGUGGGGGAUCGUCUGAUUGAUGAUGGGAUGCUAGCCAUGGUUUUGAAGGACUACAUAUAAAAUCCUAAUUAAUGUAGGUGCUACUAAUAGGUCGAAUGAGUAAUUGAAGGUUGAUGGCUGCUUAUGCAGCUACGAAUAGGUUAGAGGAAGUAGAAACAGUAUUGGAGAAAGCCUUAAGGCCAACAGAAAAUGUUGACUAGAUGAAAGGUUUGUCCUUAUGGAAGAAUGGAAUGACUUCAUAAGAUGGAGAGCCAACUGAUACACUGGAAACUCGUGUCUAAACAGAAGAUUCAACAUUCAAAGGUUGUGGCUUUCUGCUUUACGUGAGAAUAGAGACAAUUUACAAGACAUUGCUUAAAGUGUCUUCAUAAGAAUACUGUGAAGCUGUUUUACCAAAUGAUGUUAAUUGCAAUGAAUAUUUUUUGUGCUGCGAAAUAUAUCUCUUCAAGGGGAUCAGGUCAGAUCCUUUAGUUGGACUUUUGGGAUUGUCCGAUUGUAUCAUAAAAGGCAUGGACCAAGCGAAUGAAGAAAUUUUUUCCGAAUCUAGCUAUGCGUACAGAUUUGUGACACUAAGCUAUUGAUUGUGACUGAGCUGUGAUAGAAGUGAUAAAUCACUGAUUCAGACCGUUGCGAAACUUGCUGGCUAAUGAAGGUUAGGAACUAGGAGGAUAUGAAAUGACAAAUCUGUGCUCUGUAGUCCAAUCUUGCAUGUCAGGUAUGUCCACAUGAUCUAUGGUAAAAUGGAAUCCAUAUUGUUUAUCAUUUCCAAGGACUAUCUUGGAUGGCAUUGGGAAGCAGCUAACUCAAUCAUUUUUGAAUUUUCACAUAACUUCUGUAGAGUUUCUUAUAUUGGACUGGAUAUGUGAAUCUUAUGUUUGAACUAGAACUAUAUGGAAAUAAUGCUCGAUGUGUGAUUGUCAGAAGGGCAUGCGUUUUAGAUAGAACACAGGUGGGAUGAAAAGGUGAAACACUCUUUGCUGUCCUAAACAAUUGAUUAUUCCUCAGUAGGAAAUUUCUUCCUCCCCGUUUGCAGGAUGAACAAUAGACUGGCUACUGAACAAUCGUCCUCCAUGCGAUCUAUUUUUGAUGGUCUGAAGAGGUUGUAUGAACAGAAACUGAAGCCAUUGGAGCUAACUUAUCAAUAUCAUGAUUUUGCAUCACCUUUAUUAACAAAUAGCGAUUUUGAUGCAAAGCCUAUGGUCAUGCUUUUGGGACAGUAUUCCACUGGGAAAACUACCUUCAUCAAGCACUUACUGGAAAGUGGUUAUCCUGGAGCUCAUGUCGGGCCAGAGCCAACUACAGAUAAAUUUAUUGUCAUUAUGUCUGGUCCUGAUGAGAGACGUAUACCAGGAAACACAAUUACUGUCCAAGAAGACAUGCCAUACAAAGGUCUUACAGUCUUUGGGUCUGCCUUUCUGUCAAAAUUUGAGUGUUCUCAGAUGCCACACCCACUUUUGGAGCAUAUGACUCUCGUUGAUACCCCUGGGGUAUUGUCUGGGGAGAAGCAACGGAUAGAAAGAAGUUAUGACUUCACUGGUGUCACCUCUUGGUUUGCUGCCAAGUCUGACCUCAUUUUGCUUCUUUUUGAUCCCCACAAGCUCGAUAUCAGUGAUGAAUUCAAACGUGUGAUCUCAUCUCUAAAAGGUCAUGAUGACAAGAUACGUGUUGUUUUGAACAAGGCAGAUCAAGUAGAAACUCAGCAGUUAAUGAGGAUAUAUGGAGCCUUGAUGUGGUCACUGGGGAAGGUUCUGAAUACUCCUGAGGUUACUCGUGUCUAUAUUGGGUCUUUUAAUGAUGGGCCUUUAAAUGAAGCAGCUGCUGGUCCAAUGGGGCAGGACCUUUUCUUAAAGGAACAGAGUGAUCUUCUUGCUGAUCUGAAGGAUAUUCCCAAAAAUGCUUGUAAUCGAAGAGUUAACGAAUUUGUGAAGCGUGCUAGGGCAGCAAAGAUCCAUGCCCUUAUCAUAAGCCAUUUGAAGAAGGAGAUGCCUCUUUUGAUAGGCAAAGCCAAGGCGCAAGAGACUCUUAUUGACAACUUGGAGAUUGAAUUUAGAAAGGUCCAAAGGGAGUACCAUUUGCCAGCAGGAGAUUUCCCAAAUGUGGAGCACUUUAAGGAAGUCCUUAAGGGUUAUAAUAUAGACAAAUUUGAGAAGUUGAAACCAAAAAUGAUCCAAGCUGUUGAUGAGAUGUUGGGCUAUGAUAUCCCAGAGCUUCUCAGAAAUUUCAAAAGUUUAGACAAUUAAUUGACUUAAUCUGGAACAUUUUGAUUUUGCUAGUGCAUAAACAAGUGUUAUUAUGCAGAACUACACACCAAAUUAAACUUUGGAAAUUUUGGAUAACCUCUCAUCUAAACGCCCCUUAUUAUCGGGGAACUGUGAUUAGGGGCUGAUAAUUUAACAUAUAGUAUUUCUUUGCUAACAGACAUAAUUAUCAAAACUUUUUGUUCAUUAGGGCUCAAAUUUGUUGAUUGUGUUUCCUGUAUAAGUCUUUCAUCAGGACCAGGCCCCAAUUAUUCAUCACCUUUGCUAACAUACAUGAUUAUCCUAGUUUCUGCAUCUUUGGUCUUAACUCUUAAUCCAAUGAUUGUAUAUUGUAACCUUCAAAGUCUUGAAUAAUACAAUAAUACUUUUUACCAA